AUGGCUCUUCAACAUCUAUCCUUUCUCUUCAUGCUGUCAUUUGUCACUUUGUUCUCGAUGAAUGGCAACACAAUGCAGGGUGAGGCGCGACACCUUUUGGAGGUAACCUUGCCAGAGCUUCCUAAGCCUGAAUUGCCAUCGAUUCCUCUUGUUCCAACGCUACCAAAACCUAAGCUGCCACCAAUAUUGCCUGAGCUUCCGAAGCCUGAAUUGCCAAAGCCUGAGCUACCACCAUUGCCUCAUGUCCCGACUUUGCCAGAGCCUGUGUUGCCGACUCCACCAAAGCCAGAAGUCCCAAAACUUCCUGAAAUCCCGGCUUUACCCCAUCUUCCUGACCUUCCUCUUAUGGAGAUAACCUUGCCUGAGCUUCCUAAGCCUGAAUUGCCACCAGUACUUCCUCAUGUUCCAAUGAUACCAAAGCCUGAGCUGCCACCAUUGCCUGAGCUUCCUAAGCCUGAAUUGCCAAAGCCUGAGUUGCCGACUCUGCCAAAGCCAGAAGUCCCAAAACUGCCUGAAAUCCCAGCUUUACCCCAUCUUCCUGAAUUGCCGAAACCCACAAUCCUAACCUUUCCAACCCUGCCUAAGGACUUGCAUAUUCCUUAAUUUCCUCUACCCACCACACUCAACCACUACUCCUUGAAUCAUGUUGUUCUUUAUGAUAGGAGAGUAUUAUUUCAUUUCAUAGUAGACAUUUUUAUAGCUUUUAUAUUUGGUAAUGUCUAAUGUGUGCAUGAGAUGAGCCAAUACUUGUUCUGUUACUUUCUUCCAGCUAGGGCAGAUGGUUCAUCUAUUAAUUAUGUUUGUGUGUUUUGCUACUCCACUUUUUAC